AAAAAAACAUCAAAAAGUGGGUGUUUGUUUGUUGGUGUGUACGUGAAGCAAAAAACUUAUUUUUAUUUAAAUUUAAAUAUUUUGAGUUGAGAAGAGCUCAAUGAAAGUAAAACUGAUAAUAAAAUCAUUAUGAAGCCUUUGAUUGAUUUCGAUGAAUGCCUAAGGGACUCCCCAAAAUUUAGGGAGCAAUUAGAGACUGAAGAAGCAAGCAUAGACGCGUUGGAGCUCAAAUUAGACAAAGUUCUCAAGGCAUGUUGUCUAAUGAUUGAGUCGGGAAAAACAUACAUGACGAACAGAGGAUCAUUCACAAAUGCACUAUGGGACCUGAGCGGCUACUUCUCGGAGGACCCGCAGGUGAUGGCGAGCCUCAACCGCAUGAUCCACUCACUGCAGGAGAUGAACAAGUUCCACUCCAUCCUGCUGGACCAGGUGUCCCGCACCGUCGUCAAGAAUCUCACCGCUUUUGUUAAAGUGGAUAUUAAAGGAGUAAAAGAGAGCAAACAUCAUUUUGAUAAAAUCUCAAAUGAUCUGGAUUUAGCUUUAAACAGAAACUCACAGGUGUCGAAGCACAAGCCGCCGGACGUGGAGGAGGCGGUGAACCUGCUGCUGGCCACUCGCUCGUGCUUCCGCCACACGGCGCUGGACCACGUGCAGCGAGUGACCAUGCUGCAGGCGCGCAAGCGGCACGAGAUCCUCGCCACGUUCCUGUCGUAUGUACAAGCGUGCUGCACCUACUACCACCAGGGGGCGGAUCUCACUGAGGACUUGGAGCCGUUUCUCAAAACAACUGCUGAAGAGGUAACAACAAUGCGUAACGACACAAAAAUACUCGACAAAGAAAUGGAGAAUCGCCACACUAUAGUGAAUAGUAGGGACACAGUUCUGCCUAGCUGUAAGACUGAGGCGGAGAGUGAUAGCAAGGAGGGGUUGGGGAGCCCCUGUCUCAAAAAUAUGCCAAGGAUGCAGGGAUACCUCUUCAAGAGGACGUCAAAUGCGUUCAAGACGUGGAACCGGAGGUGGUUCUAUCUGUACGAUAACCGCUUGGUGUACAGGAAGCGCACCGGCGAGCUGCACGUGACCGUGAUGGAAGAGGACCUGCGGCUGUGCACCGUGCGCCCGGUGACGGACGGCGAGCGCCGGCACUGCUUCGAGGUGCUCUCCCCCUCCAAAAGCCACAUGCUACAGGCGGAUUCCGACGAGAUGCUGAGCAGCUGGGUGGCGGCUCUGCAGCACGGCAUCCGCGCCGCCAUCCAGCAGGGCCGGCAGCCGGACUGCGCGGACACCAGGACCACCGAGCGACAGCAGCCGACACACCAGGCGCAGGGGCGGAAACUCAGGAUAUGGGAGCAGCUGCUCAGCAUUCCCGGCAACAACACGUGCUGCGACUGCGGCGGCGCCAACCCCGCCUGGGCCAGCAUCAACCUCGGCAUCACGCUCUGCAUAGAAUGUUCCGGAAUCCAUCGAUCGCUCGGCGUACAUCACAGUAAAGUGAGGUCUCUAACGCUAGACGACUGGGAACCAGAUAUCAUAAAGGUGAUGGCGGAACUUGGGAAUACAAUCGUGAAUCGAAUAUACGAGGCCAAUGCAGAGGGCACCACGAUAACACGCGCGACGCCAGAUUGUGAUAGGUCGGUCCGUGAGACGUGGAUCCGCGCCAAGUACGUGUCUCUGCUGUUCGUGAAGGAGGUGGCGCCGGCCGAGCCGCAGCGCGUCGGCCGCCGCUGGUCCGUGCGGCGCACUAGACGCAGGAAUCGCAACCCGUCUGCCGUCCCUGAGACCAUCAGCGAUCACAGCGAGAAGAGUGAUGUGAACAGUAAUACUAGCGUGUCGGAAUCCAGCAGCGCUGUGCUGAUGAUCGGCACGGAGCUGUGCUCGGAGCGGGAGAUAGACCUCAGUCUGUCCAGCGACCACGAUUCCACUGAGGGAGAAGACGUCGCUAAUGAAGAAGAAGACAUCUCAUCGCUCUGCCCGCAAACCAUCCUGUACCGGGCGGCUUUAGCGCACAAUCUGUCCGUGAUGACGUCAGCGCUGGCGGCGCGCGCGCACGUCGACGCGCGCGUGACGUCACACCGCGGCCGCACCGCGCUGCAUGCAGCUGUCAUCAGCGGCUCAGUGAUGGCGUGUUCGUUCCUGCUAGUGAACGGAGCUAAGCUGAACGUGCAGGACGACGACGGCAAGACGCCGCUGCACCUCGCCACCGAGGCCGGACACACCGCGCAGGUGUGCCUGCUACUCCGGUACCGCGCGGACCAAUCCAUAGCCGACAACGAGGGCCUCACGCCGCUCGACGUCGCCGUCAACAACGCCAACGCCGACAUCGUCACGCUGCUCCGCCUCACAAAGCUGAACGAGGAGAUGCGCGACAGCGAGAUGUCGUCCAACGACGACACGUACACCUCGGUGUUCCGAGACUACACGCAGCUGGCGCACUCGCACCCGGAGCGGCUGCAGCGCCGGCACAACAACAACGAAGGUACAGUGUGACUCACGGAGGAUGGCGUCCAACGACGACACGUACACCUCGGUGUUCCGAGACUACACGCAGCUGGCGCACUCGCACCCGGAGCGGCUGCAGCGCCGGCACAACAACAACGAAGGUACAGUGUGACUCACGGAGGAUGGCGUCCAACGACGACACGUACACCUCGGUGUUCCGAGACUACACGCAGCUGGCGCACUCGCACCCGGAGCGGCUGCAGCGCCGGCACAACAACAACGAAGGUACAGUGUGACUCACGGAGGAUGGCGUCCAACGACGACACGUACACCUCGGUGUUCCGAGACUACACGCAGCUGGCGCACUCGCACCCGGAGCGGCUGCAGCGCCGGCACAACAACAACGAAGGUACAGUGUGACUCACGGAGGAUGGCGUCCAACGACUACACGUACACCUCGGUGUUCCGAGACUACACGCAGCUGGCGCACUCGCACCCGGAGCGGCUGCAGCGCCGGCACAACAACAACGAAGGUACAGUGUGACUCACGGAGGAUGGCGUCCAACGACGACACGUACACCUCGGUGUUCCGAGACUACACGCAGCUGGCGCACUCGCACCCGGAGCGGCUGCAGCGCCGGCACAACAACAACGAAGGUACAGUGUGACUCACGGAGGAUGGCGUCCAACGACGACACGUACACCUCGGUGUUCCGAGACUACACGCAGCUGGCGCACUCGCACCCGGAGCGGCUGCAGCGCCGGCACAACAACAACGAAGGUACAGUGUGACUCACGGAGGAUGGCGUCCAACGACUACACGUACACCUCGGUGUUCCGAGACUACACGCAGCUGGCGCACUCGCACCCGGAGCGGCUGCAGCGCCGGCACAACAACAACGAAGGUACAGUGUGACUCACGGAGGAUGGCGUCCAACGACGACACGUACACCUCGGUGUUCCGAGACUACACGCAGCUGGCGCACUCGCACCCGGAGCGGCUGCAGCGCCGGCACAACAACAACGAAGGUACAGUGUGACUCACGGAGGAUGGCGUCCAACGACUACACGUACACCUCGGUGUUCCGAGACUACACGCAGCUGGCGCACUCGCACCCGGAGCGGCUGCAGCGCCGGCACAACAACAACGAAGGUGAACAAUCCAGUGAAUGACAGUGUGAGAAUCCAGCGCGGCGCUUGUGGCUGUGGUGAACCGACUGGAAGUUCUCGACCGUGUGUUAUUUGUAAGUAGGCUUGUUUUAACUGUACAGGAAAAUGAGUGAGGACCUACUGGAAAUUGAGGAAUAGAAAGACUUCAGAUCAUACGAAAAUCCAUUAAUUGUUUCCUCAGUUUGAAGUCACGCCUCUAUAAUUAAUGGUAGGCCAAAUAAGGUUUUGUAUUCAACGUAUUACAAUCAACACCAUAAAUAAGUAAACUUGCCAAACAUCUACCACUUCAUUUUUGUACCUUGUUAAACAUCUUAGACCACCAAAGAAGUUUCUUCAUGCAUGCUAUUUGACAAGGUACAAAGUAUACAUAUUUAUGGAGUUGACUGUACAGUUGAAACGGUAGGUAUAUGUGAGAAUGUUUUGUAUAUUACGAAGUUGCUAGUUCAUAGUUUAGUUUAUGUUAGUGGAUUUAUCGUUAUGGUUAUUGACUUAUAUUGCAUUAAUCAUAGCUUAUCGCGAAUUUAUUAUUCUCAAACAGAUUUUAGCUGCAAGCAAUCUGAGUGUUUGGCUGUAAAUGUUAUAAAUUGUUUAAUUUAGAUAUAUUACAAAAUUAUGUACUGUAUUUUAUUUUACACGAGUAAAGAUUUUGUCUCAAUUGUUACUAUUUAAUUCACCGUUACUUUUUGUAACAGAAAUAAGGACUUUUAUGAUCACAGUAGGGAUACAAAUCUUAACUCUUGUUGAUAUAUAGUAAGAAACAUUAGUUGUUCUAGGCGGUAACAACACAAUCGUAUUAAAAAAAUGUUCCUCCAAUCACAGACUGUGGUUUUAACCCCUGACGUAAAAAUAUGGGUGUUCUAUAUUAUGAGGCUUUUUUGUGAAAUUUAUAACACUCAACUGUAUGUUUCCGCCAAAUUUAUUUAAUCAAAUGACUUAUAAAUGAGGCCAUGAGGUAUAUUCUUCCAUUAUUUUGGAAUCAGACAUGACCAAUGACCAUAGGUAUAUCAACAACCAAAAAUUGUUUAAUCCUUGUAACAAGUAGUAAAAAAAUGCCAAUCCCUUUGUAAUAUGCAAGUUCGCUUUAUAAUAAUCAAUGUAUUUUAGAUUUAUGUAAAACUGUUUUAUAAAUAUGGGCCAUAUCUUACUUUUAUUUUGGUGGAGUGAUAAUUUUAGUCAACCAAAGAUUUUGAGUAUUUACAUUAUCUGGCUGGAUAUAUUAGGAAUAAUGCUUGUAUAACUUUUAGCUCAUGGGCCUAUUAAGUCUACAUAGGUACAUACAUUUAUGACUUAAUUGUACCAUUUCGGAUUAGGCCUUGAUUUAUCCCGCUUCCACAAACAUUCCUGUAAAAAUGUUUUAAUCGGUUUUUAUUUAUGUACAAAACUCAUUCCUCAAAAUAUUAAUUAGCAUUUAAAAUACUAUAUUUUUAUUAAGUAGUAGAAUUUUAUUAUUCAUGAAUCUCAACCAAAGUGUUAGAUGCACUUCUACAUAUUUUUAUAUUUUUACCUUUUACCUUCGCAUAAUGUUUACAAAAUAAGCAAUGAAUUUUAUAAGUAAAUUGUUGGUCUUUCCAACACGUAUCUUAGUUACAAAGACACUUGCCAAUGUAUUUUUCGUCAAAAUCUUAUGCCAUAUACCUAUUGAAUGUGUAAAACACUUUUUAUAGUAUUCUAUACUCUGCUCGUAGAUAUAACUUGCCAGUGGCCACUUCUAUGAUAAUUAAUAAAGAACAAUAUUCAUUAUAAUAGACAAUGAUAUCAACCAACUAAGAUGGUUAUACAUUUCCUUGCAUAAAAAAUACGUUAUUGAUUGGUUGAUGUCAUAUUAUUUUAAGUGUAUCUGCAGUUGGACAAACUAUGGUAUUUUAGAUUGACGGUCAGCAAGGCAAGACGGUCAUGUUAUAAGUUGCUUUUGCACUUUUGUACCUCAAACUAACUAACAAACCAUCAAUGUUUGAAUGAAUAUAAGUUAGUCUGUUAGUUUGGGUACAACAGUGUAGUCACUUAUGGCUCAUCCCCACUACCGUGGAAUGCCAAUAAUUACCUUGCUGGGCAUUAUAAAGCUGACUUUGUAAGUCAGAGUUGAAAAAAUGGUCUUCCUGCAGAAUUGCUUUUAUAAAUAAUUAACCUUGCACCUAUCUAUACUACAGUUAUCACAUUAGAUAAUAGAGUGGGGCACUGCCCUAUUUGUUAAACAUUUUCUACGAAUUUAUCAUUUUGUGAUAAAAUUUCCUGCAAGUUUUCUACCGAGUUUUUCUGAAAUAAAUCUCUUAUAGUGAUACUUACUGUUUGAAGCUUUUAAAUGUUUAUAAAAUUUAUGUGUAUGAGAUGUAAUCUAAGUACAAUCCAAUCAUUGGAUGCCUAUAAAACAACGAUGUUAAUCACAUGUAGGUAUGUAAGUACUUAAAUAUUUCACAGUAUAUUACUUGACAUAAUUAUGAUCUAACUCGGUACAGCUGUGCAAGAUUGUUCUACUUUAAUAUGUCGAAUUUACUUCAGCUCUCGCCGGAUACAAACUUGUUGAAAAAGGAGACCUCUAACUCUGAAUAUUGCAAUAGUUAAUAUUGAUAUUGAUAUUAUGAUAAUCAUAUUUUAUUGUUGAAUGAUGAGUUGAUGAUUAAGAAGUCUAAUGGCCCGUACACAAGACAGCGAAUCGGCGUAUCGCAACUCUCCUAUGGAACAUCUACGAGUGGGACAGACAUUUUUAAGGUGCUACUUUGCGUCGCAGUCUUGUGUACAGGUCCCAAUAGAAGCAGUUACUGUAGCAUCAAAUUAAAAUUAGGUUCAGUCAAAACCUAAAGUUCUAACGCAGGUCUUUAUCAUAAAGGUGCAAAUUGGUAGCUGAAGCUAUUUGGCUGCAGCAGACCUUACAAUGUUAGUUUCAUUUAUUUAUGUUUUGACAGAGCUAAUCUUAAAGUGGUGCUUUAGUAUUGCCCUGUUUCGCUUACGAGAUCAAUUAAUUCAACAAAUAAAAAUAUAAUUAAUAAGAUUUUUGAUGUUUAUACACAAUGUGUCAAUACUCUCUAUUAUGGUAACGUUGAUGUAUAGUUGUACGCCUACAUAAUCUAGGAUAUACAUGAAUAAAUAUAAAAUUAUGAACGAA